AUGCGACGCGUGGUAGUAACAGGUCUGGGUGCGAUCACUCCAUUAGGAGUAGGUGUGCGGCAGACUUGGACCCGUUUGAUAGCUGGCCAUAGUGGUAUUGUCAGCGUUGCUGAUCUCGAACCUCAAGAGCGAUGGCAGCCACUUCCCAGCACAAUUGCAGGCACCAUUCCGGGCAAUGGCAACAAGGACGAAUAUAGAUGGCAAGUGCUGGACUGGUUGUCAAAAGGCGAAGAGCGACGGAUGGCAAAAUUCAGCCAGUAUGCGAUCGCUGCGACAGAGAUGGCUCUUCAAGACGCCGACUGGAGACCGGCCACAGAAGCACAGAAGGAAUCGACCGGAGUUUGUCUCGGCAGCGGCAUUGGGAACUUGGAAGAACUGUACGAUACCAGUAUUGCCUACGAAAAAGCAGGCUACAAAAAAGUAUCGCCAUUAUUUGUGCCCCAAUUACUUAUAAACCUGGGGGCGGGACACAUAUCCAUCAAGUAUGGUCUUCAGGGGCCCAAUCAUGCCGUUACAACAGCGUGUACUACUGGCGCUCAUGCCAUUGGCGAUGCGUCGCGCUUUAUCGCCUUGGGAGACGCCGAUGUGAUGGUUGCUGGAGGGUCAGAGUCGUGUAUCCACCCACUUGCACUUGCUGGCUUUGCAAGAUCGAGGUCACUUGCUACAUCCUUUAAUCAUGAUCCUAAGUCGGCUUCCCGUCCUUUCGACAAAGCAAGAGAGGGCUUUGUCAUUGCUGAAGGUGCCGGAGUUAUCAUAUUAGAGGAGUUAGAACACGCCAAAGCUCGUGGUGCCCAGAUAUAUGCAGAAGUUCGCGGCUAUGGCUGCAGCGGGGAUGCACAUCAUAUAACUGCUCCUCGAGCGGACGGACAUGGCGCUUUCCUGGCUAUGAAACGGGCUUUGCGGAAUGCAAAUAUUCCUCCGAAAAAUGUCGACUACAUUAAUGCACAUGCAACAAGUACGCCACUUGGAGAUGCGGCCGAAAAUAGUGCAAUCCAACACCUGAUGCUUGGGGAGGACGGCAAGGAGAGCGCGUAUCAGAUCGCGGUCAGUAGUACCAAGGGUGCAAUCGGUCAUCUUCUGGGGGCUGCUGGUGCAGUUGAAGCUAUAUUUUCAAUUCUUGCCACGAAAGAGGAUGUCCUGCCACCCACCCUCAAUCUAGAGAGUCUUGAUACUGGCUUCAGGUGCAAUUACAUUCCUGGUUCUGCACAGCAUAAAAUUGUCAAUGUUUCUAUGUCAAAUAGCUUUGGAUUCGGAGGCACCAACGCCUCGCUCGUCUUCUCAAAAUACCCAUGA